AUGGCAGCAAGGCUGUACCGGAAGGUCGUGCAAGCCCUCAAGAUGGAGGGCACGGAGAGCUGGUUCUGGUCGGACUCGACAGUCGUGCUGGCGUGGCUGAGGUCACCGUCGUACGUGUGGCCCACGUUCGUUGCGAACCGAGUCUCGCACAUCCAGGAGUUGACGAAAGGGCAUCGCUGGAACCACGUCAAGGGACUGAAAACCCAGCGGAUCUCGUUUCCCGUGGAGUCAUGCCGAAAGAUCUCAGUGAAGCAUUUGGAGGUCGACGAGCCUGCUGAAGAGUUGCUGGAGAAGAAGAAGAACGUGCUGAUCGUGUCUGCUUCCCCGGAACCUCACCCGCUCAUCGAUCGCUACGGCAGUUACUGGAAGCUGCUGAGGAUUACGGCGUACUGCGUGAGGAGGCAAAGUUCGCUCGUGCGCGGCGUGCAGCAGGAACCCUUCGCCGCGGAGAUCAAGGCGCUCGCAAACCAUCGACUCGUUCCGGCUCACUCGUCGCUGAAGCUGCUUAACCCGUUUCUCGACCAGCAGGGCAUUCUGCGCGUUGGUGGCCGGCUUGGACUCGCGGGCGAAGCGUACUCUACCCGACACCCCAUGAUCCUUCCCAGCAGCAACGUUUUCACGCGACAAAUGGCGGUCGCGUACCACGAAACUUCGCUCCACUCUGGCCCCCACUAUUGUGGCCCUGUCUACCUGAAGCCCGUACACCGUCGAGCAGCUGCGCAGAAGGCGUACAUCGCGGUCUUCGUGUGCUUCAGCACGAAAGCGGUCCACCUGGAGCUGGUGGGCGACUUGACCACCGCUGCGUUUCUUGCUGCCCUGCGUCGUUUUGUUUCUCGCCGAGGUCUACCGUCUGAGAUCCACUCGGACAACGGUCUCAACUUCCAGGGAGCAAGCAACCACCUGCGCGAGCUGUACGAGCUGCUUCGAGACACCAAGGUGAUCACGGAGAUCACAAGCGAAGCGUCCCGUCGUGGGAUCGAAUGGAAGUUCAUCCCGCCGAGAGCACCGAACUUCGGCGGCCUAUGGGAGGCGGCUGUGAAGUCGGCCAAGACGUCGCUCGUCCGUGUGCUGGGUCAACGACAACUUUCCUUCGAGGACAUGGCAACCGUCCUCACCCAGAUCGAAGCGGCCAUGAAUUCGCGCCCGCUAACCCCGUUGUCGGAGGACCCGGACGAACUGGACGUGCUCACGCCCGGGCAUUUUCUCGCCGGAUCGUCGCUGCUAGCGAUUCCGGAUCCGGACUACACGGACGUUCCCACGAACCGGCUGCAACACUACCAGCAACUGCAACAGCUGGUGCAGCAACACUGGAAGCGGUGGAGGCGGGAGUACAUCUCGCAGCUCCACAACCAGAACCAGAAAUUCCCGCAAGCGACCCAGCUGAAGGCUGGACAGAUGGUGAUCCUCAAGGAGGACAACAAGGCGGCUAUCGAGUGGCCCCUCGCGCGGAUCGUUGAGGUCUACCCAGGCCCCGACGGCGUCGUCCGCGUCGUGAAGCUGCGUUUGCCGAACGGUGCGGUCUACAAGCGGCAGUCCGCACGGGUAUGUUUGCUGCCGUUCGAGAAGGACUCGGCGGUACAGCUCACGAGCGCCUUCAACCCUCAACCGACACAAGGCGCAGCGUAG